UGUUUACAUGUGACGGUGGCAGCCAUGGAGACUAGCAAGAUCUUCACUACCUUACUCUCUCUUGUUGUGUUAUUCGCUGCUAUUUGGUUUAGUCGUGAUGACGGCUACUCAGUAUUACCUAAUAAACUUCAACAAGUCCUUCACGCCAUGCUUGAGGUUGAACAGCAGUAUCAUGUGGGUGAGGUGCAAAUCGCUGUUGGCUAUGGAGCGUGUAAGGAUAUUUUUGUGCAGGGGUCACUCUUAAUGGGUGCUAUGACUCCACCUCAGCGUACGGCACACUUCAGCCGUAUAGACUCCAUCGAGCAGCUCAAAGAAAUGUAUGCCCUCUUUUAUACUGCUGGAUCUGCUGCUGAACGGUAUGUGGGAAAUGAGACUCUCUUCAGUGAGACGUUAGCUGCAGCAGAAGCAGUACCAGGGUCUUAUUCAACCUUGGGGGGUAAUGCACCAGUCAUGGCAUCACGGUUUGCUUCAGAAGGAGCCAAAGUGCUUCUUGCAGCCAAACGUACCCCUUACAUAAUGCAGAAAAUUAACUCUAAUAUCAUUGUUGGAGGUGUAGAAACAGAAGGUGCUGAUGACAUCCACCUCAUCUUGGAGUACAAGGCGGGAGAGAGCUGGGGUACCUACCAGGCUCCACGAGCUAACAGGUUCAUCAUGCAUAGUGAUGAUAGCAACCCAACUUUAAGCACAGUGGAAUAUUUUGGUGAGCAGCUGACAGCAUUUAAGCCACACUUGUUUGUGGUUGGUGGACUACAGAUGAUGGAUAACUUUCCUUUUGCACCUGGAGUACGUGAGGAGCGUUUAAUUGCUGUCAGAGACCAAAUAGUGUCGCUACCAGUCACUACUCGAGUCCAUUUUGAAAUGGCCUCCUUUACUGACACUGAUCUUCUGACUGGCCUCAUACAGCAUGUCAUUCCAUAUGCUGACUCUCUUGGAAUGAACGAACAGGAAUUACCAAAUCUGUACAGUAUGGUGAAAUACGGGAAUGUGAGUUUAGUGUCAGACUUCAACCCACGAGUAGCGGUGGUGCUUGACCAGAUGAGGGAGGUGUUCCAAUUACUGCGAGAAACUGAAGAGAAAGGAGGGAAACGCCACUUGACGAGGUUGCAUCUACACACUCUGGCCUACCAGGCCAUCAUGGUGUUGAAGGAUUCACCGUGGAAGAACACACUAGCAGCUAGUAUCAAGGCUGCUCUUACUGCUAACCGCCAUGUUUGUGGUAAUACUGAGAUAAGUAUAGAUAAUGCUCGAAUGCUGAUGGACGAUGGUUUCACGUUGUCUGAGGCUGAGGGUGCUGGCAGGGUUUUAUUUGACAACCACCGACCUGUGUCUUGCUGGACUGAAGAUGAUGGCAAAGUAGAGGUGUGUAUUGCUCCGGUCCUGAUCUGUACACAAGUCCGCCAAACAGCCGGCGGAGGAGACAAUAUAUCUGCUGCAGGGUUAAUCCUUCAGAUAUAAGAAAUAUUAACCAUAGUUUAUGGAAAUACAAUAUAUACGUUACUAAACUUGAUUUUAAAGGUUAUAAUGAGUUUGGGGUAUAAAUAUACAAUACAAAAUAAUACUGUACAGAAAAUUGAUGGGUAUUUAUGUAUGCUUUGUGGUAUUGUUACAUUACUAAUGAAUUGAUUUGUGUGGUCAAUAUUUUACACAGGCCUAAUUUGACACACAUUGCAGAUAAACCAUAGCUAUGUACAGAGUACUUAUUUUAUUUAUAUAAAAAACAUUGCAUGUAAGCACUUGUUUUAUAAAGUUUAAUUUAUUUUAACUUCUCCAUUUUUCGAUAGUCUUUGUAUUUAAUUAAUUCUUCAAUAUUUUUCUAAUGUCAGCUUUUAUGUAAGCCUUUGUACUUUUAUGAAUUCCUGAAUAACUUUUUAUGGAGUGAAACAGAAGCUCAAGAUGAUAUACACCAUGUUGUAUUUUAUGGUAAUAGCAUCGUCAUUGUGUGGAAUUUAAUAUUAAAGUUGUAAGAAUUAUUUUGAGCUCAUAUACUGUACAACCAUUUUGCUUUACUACCUGUGAAGGGCAGGUCACUGUCAGUAGCUACUGUUUUGUUACUUGUGAGAAAGUUCUCCAUGAUGAUAAAAAACCUGACUUUAGUUGGGGUUGUGAAGGGGGUAAAUACAAUAGUGUAGUAGUUGCAUUCUCUCCUUGUGUACUAAAGACUGAAGUCUUCGGUGUGCUGCAUCACUUGAGGUCCUUUACAGAUCAUCACGAUUUUAGGGCCUUUUUUCACAUUUCUUCCUUUUCAUAUCAUGAUAAAUAUACAGUUUGGUAUAGUUAACAAAAUAUGCAUAGUGGGGGAUGUGCAAAGGAAAAUAAAAACAGAACUGUGUGUUUACAAUGGGUAAAACUGGUGCCAGUGUACGUUGAUAGUUUCUAGGAGCCCAGACGAAGGAGAAGACGUGGUACUAGACCGUCUUAGUCAGAGUGUAGGGGCAGGUGGGGUAGAUUAUGAUUUCUUGUUGAGAAACAAUAAUAAUUGAAUAGUUCACAAUGGGGGAGAUCAUGGUUGUCAAUUAUUGCACCAGGAGUAUCCUUCCUAGUGUGAAUUGUCCUGCUGAAAACAUAUACUUGCUAUAGAUCCCCAAAUUGUAAACAGUGUUGUCCCUGAAAGCUUUGAAAGUGCAGUAGAGUACAGUACACAAACUUUUGGUCUAGCAUUAUAAGUUUUGUGGUGAAGAGGUGGUCAAUGGAUAAACUAGUGUACAUGUAAAUUCAAAACAAGAUUUUUCAUCUAAUAAAAUACUGAAGGAAGCUUGAAUUCAGAAUGAAAUGGGAUCACAGUUAUGCAUGUCUCAACAAGAUGUUAAGCAAACAUUUCAUCUCCCUUUUAAGUCAUUUGUGAUGGUGAUAUAAAUAUUAUGAGGAGUGCACCUGACAGUGAGUUUUUCAUCAAACUCUCUACUUCCCUGUAGUUAGUGAGGGCAGUAAAUCACUUAGUCUAUAGUUUUGCUAGUUAGAAUGUGAUAAAGAAGAGAGUGUUUCAUUUGUGCCAAAACAGUCCACAUAUCUAGUUUGGCACCAGGUUAUUAAAUGACUGAUAAUUACAACCUUUCAGUUCAUUAGUGGUUACGUACUGUACCAGAGUCUUGCUCUCACAAAGCAAAUUCCGUGUUAGUCAUUGGUUAUACAGGUACAUACAGUAAUACAUGUACUGUAUUGAGAUAAGUCAGUUAUUGUUAAGUAUUACUGAUUAAUCUCAUUUUAAUUAUUUUCUCUUUCAUAUGUGUUGGUGAUAUAUGGUCCUUUUACUGAGAAAUAUUAGUAUUUUUGUGUUGUCCCUAAUUUAGGAGUUUGUACUUUGUUCUGGGGAUGCUGAAGGUUACUCUUUAAACCCUUGUGUGCGGGAUCCACUCUGCUGAGUGAACUAAUCUGGCGUUAGCCCCCAAAAGUAUUAAAAGUGGCGUCCCUGUAGUGAAGGAGUUAAACAGAGUAUCUUGUGAGUUACCUUAAACUUGGCUCCUGCUGGGGCACUUGAGUAGUGUAUGGUAUGUUGUUGGCUGCUUAGUAAAAUGUCUGUUUGUUAUCAACUCUGUGAUAUUGACGAAGUGCAAUACAUCACAGUACCAGAUUUACUUGUAUUGUUUUUAAAGUUUUUACUGUAUAACAAUUUUGAGUUGGUGUGGACAGACUCACUUAUUUUAUAUACUGUAAUUUAAGUUCAUUUGCUUAAUAUUACAGUACAUGUAAUUUCUAAUUUCAACAAACUCAUUAUCAAUUAAUAUUAUCUGCCAAAUUGUAAAGGGUUAUUGUUUUGGCUGGAUGUGUGCCUGUAUGUAUGUAUGUCUGCUCUGGAAGUAUCUUAAAAAUGGCUCUUAUUUUUGUUUAAUGUUGGUGGAACUCUGCUGGUGGAUUAAUUGUUAUGUGAUACAGUAGAUUAAAACCCAAGGUUACAGUUUGCACCUCAAGAGAUGUUUACUAGGUGGAUGUAAUCAGUGACAUAAUAAUAGGAAUAGGAUUACUGUUUCUGGGAUUGUUAUGAUUUUACUCAACAUGUUUGGGUAAGGACUAAUAUGAUUGUUGAUAAUGGGAGAAUUAUAUUUAUUGUUAAUAUUUUUUUUUUCUUUUUUAUACUAGAAAAGUGGACAAUAGUCGGUAAUAAAUAGUAAAAAGGCUUUAAGUGCUGAUCAUAGGCAGCACUGUCACGGGGAUGUGUUCCUAGAAAAUGUGAAGUAAAUAUGACCAACAUAAACAAGAUACAUAUUUCUUAUAAACUUAGUGCUCCCUGGCUAGACUUUUGGACUCAUUAACUUUACUUAAAUCUCAUGUAAAUAAAUAUUAGAGACAAAAAUGAAACAAUUAAUAGACAUUUAAGUGUGAACAGAUUCUUGGAUACUCGCCAAAAUAAAACUGAGAAUGUGUACACUUAAUUACUUGUUCCUCUCAUGAUUAAGGGUCUUUUGAUAGAUUGACACAAGAGUAAGUAUAUGGAAUAUCACUUCUUGUUCUUUCACUGUGGCAGAUUCAGUUCCUGGGGAUGUGGCAUUGCUCUGUUGUUAACAAUGUUGCCACAUGAUGAUGUUUCUGGUAGGCUGUUUGAGUUAUUUUAAUGCUUAUUGCAGGAAAAAAGUCACAUCGGAUAUACACGGCUUAUAUAGAAAAUUGUACCCUAAUUUGUUGUUGAAAUUAAUCAUUGACUUGCUGUAUACAGUAUGACCAUUGUUAAUUUAUACACUGUUAUGAGCAAGAGUAAAUUGGGUGAGACUUUUGAAAUGUGCACAACAGGAAUAAAUGUGCACAGUAUCAGCAAAAAUACAGAGUGCAUGGUGGAACUUGUGCACUGAUUUGUGAAUUUUGUAAAUACCAAAAUACAUGUAGUGGGAGUGCAUAUAGUGAGGACUAUUAAACCAGUGAAUGAUUACUAGUUCUAAGUCUGUUAGUUUUACCUUCACUUCAAAUCACCUUAUCACUAUUGUUAUUGCUGUUUUCUUUUUUAGCACUUUUAGUACCAGUUCUACUCAGAGACUGUUUACCAGACAUUUUGCCUUCCAAUUAAAGAGUGAAAUAAUAGCAUAAAAGUUGAGAACAACACUGGGCUUCUCUAACUAGUGUAGUGUAAACAGUAGGAACAAAGCUUCACCACAUGGCUGGUAUAAACAAAGUAUGAAACAGCUUCAAGCAGACACUGUUGCGCAUCGUUUAAAAUGGACACGACAGAUUUCUUUAUUGGGAAUUUGCUUUUUUUAAAUGAUUUUUUGCCCUAUGUUGUUAUUGUAUACAGUUCAGUACAGUAAUGCAAAAUGACAUAAAAUUAGUUUUUAUAGUAGAAGGGAUAACUACAGCUUUGUUCUGAGUCCUCCACCAUGGCCGUGUCAUAUACAAACAGAAACUGACUUGUCUGUCAUUAGUAGCCUGUACUUUAUUCCUGUUUACCAGAGGUACUAUGGUGGACAAAAGUUCCUUCCCUCAGCCAACCACAAUGUGUGUGAAUCACCUGAGGUUCGAAUAACAAAGCAACUGAGGGAAAUGCUGUUAUCGUCCAACAGAUGGUGCAGUGUAUAUGACGGAAGAUGGAGACCAAAGGGGGAUGGGGGCCAGAGGGGGAAAGAGAGGGAGGACAGAGGGAAGGGACUUUUGUCCACCAUAGUACUGUACCCCCUCCCCAUUUCUUUUGCUUGCUUGUGCUGUUAUAACUUUUAGUGGUGCCAAGAUAGAUGCUCACAGAUAUUCACAAAUUCCCACAGCACUUUUAUACCACCAUUUUCAGAUAUUUCAUUACAUCAUAAAUCCAUCUCAGGUCAGCAGAACUGAAGUACAACAUUGCACUUUUAGAAAUAUUUUUUCAUUGAUAAGUUCAUUUGCUGGUGAAAAGAACAGAAACUGUGAACUAUACUAUUGUAUGGUCUUAACUUCACCACUUCCUAUUAGUCAAAGAAGUACCCUGUACAGUACAGUACAGUAUUAGCAAAUGUUCAUAUAACCUUUGUGUGUCAAAUAGAGCCUUUAAGUACAGUAUACAACACUUAUAUGUGUACAAUUUCCAUUAUUUUAAGUCGUAGUUAUUUUUUUAUGUGACUUUAAAGAACCAUGGUUUAUAUAGCCCUGCAUAAUGUUAUUCUCAAAGUAGUUUAGUUCUUAAUACAAUAUGGUCGACUUCAUGAUCCCGUCAGUGUAUGAUCAUCCUCACUCGUAGCCUCAUGACCAGUGAAGAACCAAGUUACAUGAAAUAAAUAAAUGUUAUGAUAUGUUCCUAAUAAGUGAUAGUUAUAAUCUUUGAUAAUGGUGAGAUGUCAAUAGAUCAUUGUUAGUAGAUGUACUGUACAAGGCGAUUCCCUCGUUGGUAGUCUACUUAAGUGGGGAGGGGUCUGAAAUAAGCUUCAUACCAUUGAUCUAAAGGCAAACAUUCCCCAGGAGAUUGAGGACAUGUUACAAUGAACAUUCCCUACUCUGGAAAUGGUUCAUAAAUGACGGUUAUGUUAACAGAACUCCGUGGCCUCCGGUGGGUGACUUACCCUGUACAGUACGUUUAAGAAAGAUAUUCUCCACCAGAUGAUAAUAGAUGAAUUGUUAAUGGUACGGUAGGUAGACAAGGCUACACUUCCCCUGGCUCUCAAGACUACUACGGUGAUAUCCUCGUCAGCCGGAACAAUUGGUGCAGAGCACUUCCGGGAAUGAGAGAUUUCUGGGUAACGAGACGACGACUCAAAGCAAGGAAAGAUCUCUCGUCUCUCAACGGAAAAUUUUUCUUGGAAUUUCCAGGAAAUGCUCUUGAUUUUCAUAUCUCAAACACGGAAAAACUCCCCCAUCCCCAGAAUUUUCCAGGUAUCGGGAUUUUUUUCUUGGAAAUUUCCGGAAAAUGCGCCCCUCAGAAAAUCGCUCCCAAAGCUGUAAUUUUCGGGCUUUGGGAACGAUUUUCCGAGAAAAUUUAAAUUCCGACCAUCGGAGGGUUCCGGGUUUGAGGGAUUUCGGCUAAGGGAGAUAUUACUGUACUACUUCUACUACUACUCACUUCAUAACUACUGUACACUUAAUCCUUAACUUUAAUUAUUAUUAUUUAUACAGUGAUAUAUUUUGCACCAGACUGUACAGUAUAUCUUUGUGGUCUUUUGUUGAUUUAGAGUUUGUUUACUUGUACAGUACAGUAUAUACAAGUGGUGUGAGGUAAUGAGAUAAAUCAUGGUGUGUGUGUGUGUGUGUGUGUGUGUGUGUGUGUGUGUGUGUGUGUGUGUGCGCACACGUGCAGUUCAGUACAGUACUGGUAUUUCUUCAGCCAAAUUCUUUAUUGUAUUCAGUGAAGAAAGCUAGUCAUUGGGUAGUUGGGUUGAUUAAUAAGUCAUAGGCUGGUCUGUAUUAUAUUUUGAUAACAUUGAUAUCUGAUUGCAGGUGUUGCUCUUGCAGCACUGUAAGACAAGAGUUUUAGAAUAGAGAAAUGUAAGUGAUAAUUGAAGAGUGGUUCUCAGUAAGUAGCAGGAAACUUUAUUUGUUCAUGAAUUAUGGUCUAUAGGACUUCAUGAACACAUGGUAUAAUUUCUAACUUGAAAUUAGUUUUAUGUGUAGGAGUGUCAGAAAAGACAUAUACAAGUUGUGUUAAUAAAGAUGACCUGUAAAUUAAAUUGGUAAUUUUGUUUACCAUGUUCUUACCAGUUAACACCACGAUUAAGAUUACUGUCUUGUACAGGAUAUUGUUGACAAUAUGGGUGGUGUCUUGUAUAACUUUAUUGGUGUGUGUGUACAGUCAUGGUCAAAAUGCCUGCUGCCUCUCUUGUUCCUCCAUGAACCCCAAGAUUCAGACUCAUGAAUCCUAAGCAUUUAUGUACAGAAUAUUACAUCAGUGUCUACUGCUUCGGGUUCACGAGUCCGAAUCUCGGGGUUCAUGGAGGAACAGGACUUUUGACUAUGAGUUCGUAUAGAUGGACACAUGUAUACAUUUACGUGCAGUUUUCUAUACUGGUUCGAUGUCUUAGAUAUGUUGACUCAGUUCACAUUACUUUAAAUAGUUGUGCCAUUUUCAGCAUGAGAUGCAUGAUAACCUUACAAUCCUCAGUCUUGUGAAACAGAGCACAAUUUGCAGCUAUUUUUCAGUCAUUAUUUUGGAUAACAGGUCUUUAAUUCAACAGCUUAUUGUGAAGGAUAUGAUAUGAUCAAAAUCAUACACGAUCUGUAAUAUUCCAUUAUUGAAAUUUAGAACUUUUAUGACAAUAGUAUACUGUAUUGUUUUAUAUGUACUGUAUUUUGUGAUCAAAGAAUUGUUUAAAUUCUUGUAACAAUGAUUAUUGAACCAUUAUACAGUAUACACAGAAAUUUAAUUUGUUCCUUGAGUGUGAUACAUUAUUAAGUUAUUCUAAAUUUUUUUACCAAAGUCAGAAGAUAACUAACAAUAUAAGUCCAGUACAGUAUUAAAAAUCUGUUUAGAGAAUGUUUUGUCUUUAAUUUUGAUCACAUCAUUUAGUAAGAAGGGGCAGUAAAACAGUUUUACUGGUGGUUAUAUGUUUGUGGCCCAGCAUAUACAGGAGCCCCCACAGUAAUCACUUGGGCCAUCUAUGGGUUGUUGUGACAAAAGUAUCUCAACAGCCAGUCCACAUGACAGUUGACACUUCAUAGAGAAUGAGGUUGGUUCUCCAGGAUAUUACUCUUGAGUAAAUAAUUUAUCAAAGUAAAUUUAUUAAGGAAACAAUAGGACUGCAUUCCUGGACCUUGGCAAAUCUUGCUUAUCCAACAAAAUAUAUACGGUACUGUGUAGUACAGUAAGUUCUUCAAGAAAUAUAAGAUUUAAUCAUUCAUUAAUUAUUAUCCUACACUACCGUAUUUCAAACUACAUCAGCAGUGUACUGUACUGUAUGUCCUUAACGCCCACAGAAGCAGUCAUAAUGUGUUACCUCCAUGAUUCUUCAACUGGUCUUUUGUUUAGGGGUAAAAUAAAGUUUUUCUUGACUGGCUACUUACAACUUUCCUUAUUUCUCCAUAUACUUUACUGUACACUGAUAUAUUUCCUUGACCAGCAACUCUGUUAGAACCCCUUGUACUCCACCCAAAUUUUAGUGUAAGUCUGGGGCAGGUGUAGUACUGGUGGCCGGUAAUAAAGUCACAGGAAAAAAGUCACA